CUUCCUGGAGAUCUACUGUCCUGUCGGUUUCCAGUUCAACCCUCUUCCUGGAGAUCUACUGUCCUGUCGGAAUCCAGUUCAACCCUCUUCUUGGAGAUCUACUGUCCUGUCGGAUUCCAGUUCAACCCUCUUCUUGGAGAUCUACUGUCCUGUCGGUUUCCAGUCCAACCCUCUUCCUGGAGAUCUACUGUCCUGUCGGUUUCCAGUUCAACCCUCUUCCUGGAGAUCUACUGUCCUGUCGGUUUCCAGUUCAACCCUCUUCCUGGAGAUCUACUGUCCUGUCGGUUUCCAGUUCCAUCCUCUUCCUGUAGAUCUACUGUCCUGUUGGUUUCCAGUUCAAACCUCUUCCUGGAGAUGCUGAAUUAGGGUUGGACUGAAAACCUACAGGGCAGUAGAUCUCCAGGAAUAGGGUUGGGCUGCCCUGGUCUACAGGUUUUCCCUCUUUCCUUGUACUUGAUUGAUGAAGUAAAGUCCUUAAUUAGUAAGGAACUGUCCUCAUCUGGUUGUCUAGGUCUUAAUUGAAAGGAAAAAACAACAACCUGCAGACAUUAGGCCUCCAUGAGUUUUACGCACCUGGUUUACAUUGUUUGACAGUGAAAUAGCUGAGAAGAAAUUCUAAUUUAGUUUGUGGACUUUGUUAUUUGUAAUGAGAUCAUCAUCUAAUUCCAAUUUUGAUUGGUCACUGUAACAGAUAUGGGACAAAGAAGAGGAGGGACUCUGAAGAUUCUGUUACUGUUGACACUCUGUCUGCAAGCCUUCACUGUUCAAUGCCAAGAUUCAGGGCAUCCCUCUGAUCUGAGGAUAGUUCUGGUGGGGAAGACUGGAUCAGGGAAGAGUUCAACAGGAAACACCAUCCUGAGGAGGGAGGGGUUUAAAGUAGACUUCUCCCCUGAGUCUGUCACUGAUCACUGUGAGAAACAGAGUGGAGUGGUGGAUGGGAGGAAGAUUGAUGUCAUCGACACCCCGGGGCUCUAUGACACAACAAUGUCUAAAGAAGAGAUGAAAAGUGAGAUAGAAAAGGCCAUCUACAUGUCAGUACCAGGACCCCACGCCUUCCUGCUGGUGAUCAGACUGGGGAGGUUCACAGAGGAGGAGAGGAACACUGUGAAGUGGAUCCAGGAGAACUUUGGAGAAGAAGCCUCAAUGUACACCAUCAUUCUGUUCACCGGAGGAGACCAGCUGGAAGACAAAUCAAUGGUGGACUUUCUAAGUGAGAGUGAGGAGCUUAUGAAACUCGUCAAGGUCUUUAAGGGCAGAAAUCAUGUCUUCAAUAAUAAAAAGAAGAAUGACAACACUCAGGUCCCAGAGCUGCUGAAGAAGAUAGAUGAGAUGGUGAUGAAGAAUGGAGGAAAACACUACACCAAUGAGAUGUACCAGGAGGUCCAGAGGAAGAUCGAAGAGGAGGGAAGAUUCUAUUCAGGGCAUCCCUCUGACCUGAGGAUAGUUUUAGUAGGGAAGACUGGAGCAGGGAAGAGUGCAACAGGAAACACCAUCCUGGGGAGAAAGGUGUUUAGAGAUGCCUUCUCCCCUGAGUCUGUCACUGUUCACUGUGAGAAACAGAGUGGAGUGGUGGAUGGGAGGAAGACUGAUGUCAUCGACACCCCGGGGCUCUAUGACACAACAAUGUCUAAUGAAGAGAUGAAAAGUGAGAUAGAGAAGGCCAUCUACAUGUCAGUCCCAGGACCCCACGCCUUCCUGCUGGUGAUCAGACUGGGGAGGUUCACAGAGGAGGAGAGGAACACUGUGAUGUGGAUCCAGAAGAACUUUGGAGAAGAAGCCUCAAUGUACACCAUCUUGCUGUUCACACAUGAAGAUCAACUGGAGGGAAAAUCAGUCAAAGAGUUUCUGGCCAAGAGCCCAGAGUUACGGAAACUCAUCAAUAUCUGUGGGGGCAGAUAUCACUCCCUAAUCAAUGACAAGAGAGAAGACAACACUCAGGUCCCAGAGCUGCUGAAGAAGAUAGAGGAGAUGGUGAAGGGGAACGGAGGACAACACUACACCAAUGAGGUGUACCAGAAGGUCCAGAGGAAGAUCGAAGAGGAGGAGAGGAAGAAAAAAGAGGAAGAAAUGGAGAAACAAGAGGAGGCGAUCAGGAAGCGGGAAGAGGAGGUGAGAAGAGAGGAGGUGAGGAGAAAUGAGGAAAUAAAGAGAGAGGAGGAGUUGAGGAAGAUAGAAGAGAUGGUGAAGGACAAUGGAGGGGAACACUACAUCACUGAGAUGUACCAGGAGGCCCAGAGGAAGAUCGAAGCAGAAGCGCUGGAGAGGAGGAGGCAGGAAGAGAACAAGAGAGAGAGAGAGAGAGGACUGUGGAGGAAAUUCUAAUCAAGAUGCAGGAGCAGGAAGAAAUAAGAAGAAGAGAAGAGAAAUUGAAUGAGUGCAAGUGGUCAGCGUUUGCCAGUACGGCUGCAUUGGGGUUGGGAGCCAUGUUCAGCUCUCCAUGGUCGUUAACAGCAGGGGCUACAUUAGCCGCUGUUAAAGGUUAUCAGUGCAUGGGCACCUAUUUCACCUCAGGUAGUUCCAACUCAGAAGACCAGAAGAAGUAAGAUUUCCACAUCCAUCAUCUCAGAUUGUUUUGAAAUUAAGAUGAAUUAUUGUGUUAUAUAAUAUAAAUAGAAUUUGAUCUCUGAGAAAUUAAUAAAUAAAUUAAAUUUA